AUUUUAAUGAUAACUUUUGGUUCGGGAAUCUGUUUAUUCCUUCGGGAACAUCACAAACAUUUGGUGUAUAACAUGACUUUGGGAUUAUCAAUGAUGUUAAUUGUCUAUUACUUAAUUGGCCUCAAUUCUGAUCCCUGCGCAUACCUUACGUCAAUACCCGAUUGGUUAGUUUGGGUCAAAUAUUUGGAUUUCCUUCACUACGCGUACGAAUCCCUUGUUGUAAACCAAUGGCAAUAUAUCGAUGAUAUUCCUGGCGCCGGAAAGACAACGCUAUUGAAUGUAUUGACGGCCAGAAACCUAUCGAAACUACGGGUGAAAGGAGUGGUGCUAUUGAAUGGACAGGCGGUCAGUGCGGAGACAAUGGCAUCGCUUUCCUCAUACAUAGAACAACACGAGUUGUUUCAUCCGUUGCUUACAGUCAGAGAGCAUCUCGUCUUUCAAUCAUUGUUACGAAUGGAUAGAAGUUUAACACGUGAACUGAAAAAUUUUAAUUUAAGUAAAUGUAUGGACACUCAAAUUGGCGGCGAUUUUGAGUUUAAAGGCAUUUCUGGGGGAGAAAUGAAGAGAUUGUCGUUUGCAUCAGAGAUUCUAUCAAAUGUUUCGUUAAUUGAUGAGCCGACGACUGGUUUGGACUCAUUUAUGGCCCAAAAUAUUGUGCAGACAUUGAAGACAAUGGCAUCGGAGGGACGGACUAUAGUCUGUACUAUACAUCAGCCCUCGUCUCAAGUGUUC